UUCAAUGAAAUGCAGCAGGCAUUUAGGAAGGACGUUGAGUGCAGUUUCGGUGUACUUCAAGCACAAUAUGCCAUCAUGAAGCGAGCAGCUAGGAUGUGGGAUCCGGAAGAUAUGAAGUUCAUUGUUGACUGUGUUAUUAUUCUGCAUAAUAUGGGAAUCAAGUACGAGAGAGGUAUGGAGACUUUGGCGAUCGAGGAUUAUGAGGGAGCCUCUCAAUCUUCUCCUGAUCCAAACAGAGAUGUGCCUGAGAUUCAGCAGUUGAUCGCUAGGCAUCAACAGAUUGAGAGUCGUGCGGCCAAUGUGCAAUUGAAGAAUGACCUAGUUGAGCAUAAAUGGAACAUAUAUGGCUCCUCAAAUAUAUGGAUUGAAUUUCGGAUUUUAGUGCCGGAUUGUGAAGGAUACAGCUGACUUUUGUGAUAGUGAAGGAUACAGCUGACUUUUGUGAUAGUGAAGGAUGGCAACCAUGUUACUUUUUAGUGCUGGAAUAUGAAGGAUGGAGCUGACUUUUUGUGAUAGUGAUGGCCGGCAAAUAUUAUAGUGACGGCAAUCAUGUCUUUUGUGUAGUAUUUAGUAGGCUUUUGUAAAAGAAGAUC